AUGCCGACGGCCGCCACCGACAAGCAAGGGAGGGGCAAGCUGGUGCUGGAGGCGCUGAUCGGCGGGACCGACUUCUCGGAGGAGGACGCGGAGACGACGCGGCGGCUGCUGCUGGACGAGAAGGACGAGGCGCGCAUCUCCGCCUUCCUCGUCCUCCUCAGGGCCAAGGGCGAGACCUACGAAGAGAUCGUGGGGCUAGCGAAGGCGAUGCUGAGCUGCUGUGUCCGGGUCGACGGGCUGGACAACGCCGUUGACAUUGUCGGGACCGGCGGCGACGGCGCAGACACCGUCAACAUCUCGAGAUCUCCAACAUCUCCCACCGGGUCCACCAUCCUCGCCGCCGCGGCCGGCGCCAAGGUCGCUAAGCAAGGAAGCAGGGCCAGCUCGUCGGCGUGCGGCAGCGCCGAUGUGCUGGAGGCGCUUGGGGUCAACAUCGAGCUUGGACCUGAUUGGAUUUUGGCAUUCCUCGUUGCACAUUGGAAGAUCUGA